GGCUGCCGGCUAAAUUUGAAAGGUAACUGGGCUGUUUGUCUCUGGAAAGAAGGCGGCUGGGGUACAGUGUACGAUUUACAGCAGUUUGGUGAAAUUCAGAGAUCUCUGUUCUGGACAGAGCUGAAGUUCUCGGUGCUGGGCUACCUCGUGCAAUAGUCAUGGACACUGCAGUGCUGACCUUACACAGCCUGCUUGAGAAUCUGCGGGCACAUGUGGAGGUCUUAAAUGAGGGCGUUGAGCCUCAGUUAAUUCAGAUGGCAUUGAACUUUGAGGACUGUCGACGUAAAUGGCUGAAACUAGAGCAGGACCUGGGUGCCUGCAAAGAGGUGCUGGCUAAAGCAGAGACUGAGAGGGGUGCUUUGGAGGUCAAACUCAAGCAUGCUCGCAACCAAGUCGACGUGGAGAUCAGACGCCGACAGAAAGCAGAAGCAGAGUGUGAAAAGUUGGACCGCCAAAUCCAGCUGAUCAGAGAGCUGCUGAUUACAGAGGGCUCCAGUAACAGCAUCCAGCUGAAUGAGGAGCAGCGCUCAGCUCUAGCCUUUCUCAAUGCGCGCACGCAGGUGGCUGCCAACCUUAACGCCAGUCGGAGGUUAACCACCAUUGAUGAAUCUGCCUCCAUCUUGUCAGAUAUCAGCUAUGAUAAGACCGAUGAUUCUCUGGAUUGGGAUUCCUCGAUUGUGAGGACAGUGCGCCUAAAGAAGCGAGAGAAGAGGCGUUCAUCCCGGAAUCACACAGACGGUCCUCCUUGUGCUGCGAAGAAGUCUCGCUCCACUGGCCGAACGUCAGACAAGGGGAAUGAAUCUAUUGUGGCAAAGACUACAGUGACUGUUCCUGCUGAUGGAGGACCAAUCGAGGCAGUCUCCACUAUAGAGGCCAUUCCUUACUGGACGAGAAGCAGAAGAAAGACUGGUGUUCAAGGUUGGGACACAGAUUCUGUUAAGUCUGAAGAUGUGUUCAAGGCCCCGACCGUCCCUGAGAAGGAGGCACGAGUUGAACCUGGGACGCCUCAAGGCAACGGUGGGGUUCGUCUCCAUGAGUUCAUCUCCAAAACGGUAAUCAAGCCUGAAUCUUGUGUGCCUUGUGGAAAGAGGAUCAAGUUUGGGAAAAUCUCUCUGAAGUGUCGAGAUUGCAGAGUGGUGACUCACCCAGAGUGCCGAGAGCGAUGUCCCCUGCCAUGCAUCCCCAGCCUGGGAGGCACUCCAGUCAAGAUCGGAGAGGGGACUCUUGCAGACUAUGUCCCUGGUACCUCUCCCAUGAUUCCAUCCUUGGUGGUCCACUGUGUCAAUGAGAUUGAACAGAGGGGCUUGCAUGAGACUGGACUGUACAGGCUCUCAGGUGUGGACCGGACAGUAAAGGAGCUAAAGGAGAAGUUCCUGAGGGGGAAGACUGUCCCGGUGCUCAGCAAAGUGGAGGACAUUCAUGCCAUCUGUGGUGUUCUCAAGGACUUCUUGAGGAACCUCAAAGAGCCUCUGCUCACCUUCCGCCUCAAUCGGGCUUUUAUGGAAGCAGCAGAAACCACAGAUGACGACAAUAGUAUUGCUCUGAUGUACCAAACGAUCAGUGAUUUGCCCCAAGCUAACAGAGAUACACUGGCCUUCCUUAUGAUUCAUCUCCAGAGAGUUUCUCAGAGUCCAGAUACCAAGAUGGAUGUUUUUAAUUUGGCACGAGUGUUUGGUCCCACCAUUGUUGGACAUGCGGUACCGGACCCAGAUCCAAUGACAAUUCUACAGGAUACAAAACGGCAACCAAAGGUGGUUGAGCGCCUUCUAGGUUUGCCUGUGGAGUACUGGACCCAGUUCGUGAUGGUGGUUCUUGAGCAGGCCAACCCAGAUCACAUGAUCAUUGAGAACGCUAAUUGCUAUGCCACCCCUGAAAACAAAGUGAGCAUGUUGGGGCCUUUGACCACUCCAGAGCACCAGAUGAGCAAAACACCAUCUUCCAGCUCCUUGUCUCAACGCAUGAAGUCUACUCUGAGCAGGACCACACCCAGGUUCGGAAGCAAGAGCAAGUCUUCUCUGGCUGUUGGGCGUCAGGGCAACUUCUUUGCUUCUCCUCUUCUGAAGUAGUAGCCUGCGCACUUCACACAGGGAACUGUGGCAAUAUUGCAGUGCUUUUAUAUGUAUCAUUUAUAUGUUAUCUUACUAAGUGAUUCUUUGGCGCAACUUUUUAUCUUUGUUAUUUUAAUUUGCAUUGUAAUGGACUUUAAUUGUCUAUUGGUUUUAUUUUACUACAAAGGGAAAUGUGCUAUAGCCCUUUCCUGUUUAUAUACCCUACGCAUUUAUGUAUCUUUUUAGAUUGUCCCAUUUUCCUCAUCUAAAUAUCAUGUUUCAUCAGCUUUUGGGAACUGUACACCUGUCUUGAUUCCACAUGUGCUUCCACUUAAUCACCUCUCAGGCAUACUGUGCAGACACUAAUUAGGGGAAGAUUGUGUCAAAUGUUUUGCUCUUGAAAUGGAAAAAACAGAUUGGGGAAAAUAUGUACUUAUGCUUUAAUUUUGUUGGAUUUAGAGGGACUUUUGCUGUGCAUCUGUUCCCUUUGGCUUUAUUUGAUCUACAACAGCAGAAUCCUGUUUUUAUGUUGUGCUACUCCAGUUUCUGAUUAGUGCUACAAUGACACAUCCCAGCUCAUCUUUCAGAUGCAUGACAGUUUUACUGCUAUUCUCAAAUGUUAGUUCAUGAGUCAUGUGAAUUUGUACUAAGUGUUGGGAUAAUCCACCCAGUUCUGGUUGGAAAUGAACUUAAGCCUGCAAGUAUGUGGCAGGACUGAGCUGUCAUUUUAUUCAUUUGCCAGUUUUUGUAUUUUAUAUGCAGUGUUUGCAGUCUCUUUUUGAACUAAUCCUUUUUGUAAAUGAAUGGUGGAUAUACACUCCAGUGGUCUUUAUCCUCACAAAAAGCCAAUUAAUAUAUUACACUGCCAUAAAAGGACUAAUUUCAUAUGCUAGUGUUUUGAGUCUUGACCUCACUGUAUUUUUACCAUGCUACAACAGCUGAAAUGGUUUAUUGUGACACAUCUCGCUUUAAAAAGAAGUGCCUACAUUUGUGCUGUCAGGCACACUGCAGGACUUUGGACACUUUUUCACUGAAAUACAAUCUACGUUUAUAACA